CACGAUGCGGUCAACUGAGGAGAAAACUGUACUUUUAUGUGCUUUAGAUGAUGAUUUAGAGGGACUUACGAGUCUUUUGGAAAGCAAGAGCGCCCACGAUACUCAGCAAUCAGAGAAUAUUUUGUGGGAAAAAGAUGAGGCUGGUAGAAAUGCGCUGUUUGCUGCGUGUACACUCGGACGGAGCCGAAUAGUGCGCGAGCUCGUGCGGAACGGCGCUGACGUCAAUAAUCUCACGGCGCGCGGCUACUCAGCAUUGCAUUAUUCUGCCAUGUGGGGUCAGCUGGACACUUUAAAAACUUUGGUUGAGCUCAAGGCUGAUUUCCAAGCGAUCAGUUUCCGGGGAGAGAAGGCUGUUGAUGUGGCCCGGCGUUAUCACAAACUGGACUGUGCAGAGUAUCUGGCAUGGGCUGAGGCCAAACAAAGUUUGCAAGCAUUAGUAGAAGAUAUCAGAAACAUUAUAGCUGAUCCAGAGAAAGUUCAAGGGAAGCUCAAUAAAGAGGACAAGACCGUGUGUAUGAACACCUGUUUGGCAAAAUCUGACUGGAUACACAACACCAAAAAUGCAACAAUUCAAGACUUCAUCGAACAGAAGAAGCACCUCGAAGACAUACUGGCACCUGUUCUGCUCAAGCUUAACACACAAUGUGAGAACUGAUCUGAAGCCACAGUAAAGACAAGAAAGCCUUAGAACUUCAUUGCACGGAUGCAUUAUGUCGUUCAAAUGACAAAAAAUUGGUUACAUUAACUCAAUACAUCUUCUGCAUUUAGACUUUUCAAAUAUUAAUAAUUAGACCCUAAAAUAAAUAUUGUAUGAUUCCUGACACAGAAUUGCAACACUAUUUUAUCUGAAAAAAGAAAGCUUUUAACUGCUGUUUAAUGAAUGUUUACUUUAGAACAUGUAUUGCACAAUUUUCAAUUAUUAACUGAUAAAGAGAAUCAAGGUCAGAUAAACAAGAAAAAAAUUACUGUGUCAGACAAUUUUUUUUUAGCAGAGCUGUUGGCUGAUGUUCUUGUGGUGCGCUUUAUAAACACUAGAUGGAGACAGAGGCCGCAUUUCGUGGUUAGCAAAAUUAUUUCUCAGUAUCGCAAAUAUUGUCUUAAGUCAGUCUAAUGUCUACAAAACGUGUUAUUCAAGAACAAAAUACAACGCCUAUUAAUGUCAAAUCAACUUAAAUACAUUAUGACAUUACUGCACGAGGUUAACCAGCAGAUGUCUCAAAGACUCGAUAAUCAUUUAAUAUCUGUCUUACAAUAUCGAUCGAUGCUAUCUCAA